AUGGGAAAGGCUUGGCUUUUCUUGUUUCUUCUCGCAUAUUUCGAUGGAUUCGCUUAUGCUCAAAAUGUGACGACUACAAAACAAACGGUCCCUCCAAUAUUCCGAGUGUUCCCUUCAACUUUCUUUCAUUCAGAUACGGGUGGGCAUUGCGGCGGCGCAGAAGACUCAAUCACUCUCGAUCGGAUGGGCGUCUUGCGGCGGAGCUGUUCCAUUGGCAGUGGAGAGAUUGAAGCAGUUAGGAUAUGUGCAAAACUUCACUUUCGAGUCAGUCCUUCUCGUAAAUCUGUUCAUGAACACUUUGCAGAUACUUUGUCGAUUACACCGAGUGCGAUCUCGCCAACACAGUCCGCGCAGCCAUCAACUUCGUGAAGCAUCUGAACGUGGACGUCAUCAUCGGCCCUCCGUGUGCACAAGCGCUCCGGGUCAUGAGCACAGUGGCCACCAUUUACGAGAAGCCAGUGCUCGGCUGGGGAUUCGUGAGCCAAUCGGAUUUGUCUGACGUCACCCGGUUUCCUUAUAUGGCAACCGUUUUGCCCACAUCCGAAACGUAAGUUGGGAAAAACUUUUGAUCUUAUUGGAAAAAACGACAUUGAAGUCUCGGCGCCGCGACUUCGAAACUUCUGGAGCUGUUCAGUUGGGACACAGUCGCUCUUCUUUACUACCGGAAUGAUUUGAAUUACUGCUCUGGAGUCAUUGACGACGUCGAGUCGGCGCUCAACGAUCCCGACGCUUUCACAGUACAAAUUGUGAUGAAAUCGGAACUGAGCAUGAAAGACAAUGCCACGACAAACGGAGUUUUGACUUCAAUCAAGAGUAGAGCUAGAAGUGAAUCAUUUUCUCACUUACAUUCUAAAAAGUGUACUUGCAGUUGUGUUGUGGUGUGCUCAAACUGGUGACGAAAAACGGGAUUAUCUCAUUCGAGUGGCACAACUUGGUCUGGAUACGGAUGAAUACGUCCAUGUCAUGUUAUCGAUGAGAAGCAUCGGAUAUGGAGUCCAGACGUUUGUAGGAAAGACCACUUGUUCGUUUACAUUUCAUUAUUUGCCAUGUCCAUACUUUUCCUUUCCAGUUACUCUUUCCGGACUCACUCCUGUUUGGGAGUCAUUUACAAAUGUGUCCGACGGUCUGGAAACAUUGGCAAAGCGAGCAGCGACUAAAAUGAUUGUGGUGAGGGAGAAUGGUGACGUGGCGGAGCUUCUGAUUGCAGCUUGACUUGAACAGCGAAGUGAAAGACAAGGAUUAUUUACAAUACAUACAAAAGAAUAUGGCAUCGGCAGUGCGUGCUCCGCCAAUGAACUGCUCCACUGUCGAAUGUCUCAACACCACCGCUUCAUCAGUCAGUCUUCAUUGUGCACGUCUUCUGACCUUGUUUUUCAGGGAAUGGGCGCCUACGCACGUCAUCUGUUCGACGUAUUCUAUCUUUACGGAAUUGCUCUGACUCACACAAACUCCACAAAUCCGGCGGUUUAUGAGGACGUUUCUAUUCUGAUACCUCAGCUUGUCACUUCUUUUGAAGGCAAUCUAAUGAGUUUGAGAUCCUAUUCAAAUUGAUUUUUUUCUAGGCAUGACCGGAGACGUCACGAUCAACCGAAACUUGACCCGAAUGCCCUUCUAUCAACUUUACGGUCUCACCUCCAGUUAUGAUCAAGUUUCUCUGCUCAACUUGUCGUUCAUCAACGAUACUACGGUAGGAAGAUCUAGUUCAUGAAAUCAUAACUGGUACAAAUUCCAGAAAAUAUCUCUUGCCUACAAAAAUGAAUCCACAAUCUGGCACUUUUGGGGCGGAGUUCGCCCACUGGACACUCCGAUCUGUGGUUUUCUGGGCAGAUCUUGUCCGGUUUCCUUCUGGGAUCGCUACAGAGUUCUUAUAUUUGUGUCUGCUAUUGUCGUCCUCUUGCUCAUCACUACAAAUAUUGUCUGUUUCGGAUGCAUGAUAAGAAACCGACGAGCGGAGGAAGCGAGAAUCAACUCGGAAUGGCAGAUUCCUUUCGUCAAACUGAGAGAGCCGGAGAAGAAGAAAUCGACGGGAUCGAGCAAGAGAUCUCUUCAGUCUGCACAUUCUACGAUCACUGGAGAGAGCAGGAUGUCGAUGGACAGCGAGUUUUGCGAAAGUUACACAGUCAAUAUGUACGAGAAGGAGAUGGUGUUGACUGCGAAACAUCAGUACGCUCAACUAUCGAAAACCGACAUGGAGAGAUUCGUGAAAUUGAGAAAGCUGGAGCACGAUAAUCUGAACAAGUUUAUCGGCUUGUCAAUUGACAGCGCAGUGUUCAUUUCGGUGUGGAAACUGUGCGCAAGAGGAUCCCUUCAAGACAUUAUCUCUCGGGGAAACUUCUCGAUGGACUACUUCUUCAUGUUCUGUAUCAUUCGUGACGUGGCAGAAGGCAUGCACUAUCUGCAUAACAGUUUCCUUCGAGUUCACGGGAAUCUGCGGUCCGCCACGUGUCUUGUGAACGACAGUUGGCAAGUGAAACUGGCGGAUUACGGACUGGACGGUCUGCAGGAAGAGGAGACUCCGAGCAAGAAAAGACUGCUCUGGGCGGCUCCGGAAGUGAUCAGAGGGUCACUGAUUGCCUCACAGAUGGACCCCUCAGCAGAUGUGUACUCUUUCGCUAUUAUCGCUUCGGAGAUUCUAACCAAAAAGGAGGCGUGGAAUUUGCGGGAAAGAAAAGAGAGCUACGAUGGUUGGAAAGUCUGCGUAGAACUUCUGAUCUGACUUUUCCAGAAAUACUUUACAUGGUGAAGAAGGGCGGUCAAUUCCCGAUGCGUCCUGACAUCAUCACAGACAUUCUCGACGUCAAUCCGGCUUUUAUCUCUCUCGUGAAGGACUGUUGGACAGAGAUACCGGAAGAUCGGCCCGUUUCGGAAAUGAUUUGUUCGCAACUGCGAGAUUUGACUCCAAAGUAAAAGAAAAUUACAGAAGAUUCGGAGAAAAGAACGAGAUUGGUUUCAGAACAAAGUCCAAUUUGAUGGAUCACGUAUUCAAUAUGUUGGAGGAGUACACGACUACACUGGAAGUCGAGGUGGAAGAGAGAACGAAGGAAUUGACAUUGGAGAAGAAGAAGGCAGAUAUUCUAUUGAGUAGAAUGCUGCCAAAGUACGGAGAAUCAAGCAGAAACUUCUUUCCAAUUUCAUUAUUAUUUCAGACAAGUAGCAGAACGACUGAAAGCAGGACAGACGGUCGAGCCGGAAGGGUUCGAUUCAGUGACGGUCUUCUUUUCGGACGUCGUCAAGUUCACGAUCCUCGCUUCGAAGUGCUCUCCAUUCCAAGUUGUCAACCUGCUCAACGACUUGUACAGCAACUUUGAUACGAUAAUCGAGCAGCACGGGGUGUACAAAGUCGAGUCAAUCGGCGACGGAUAUCUGUGCGUUUCCGGGCUACCCACAAGGAACGGAUUCGCGCACAUAAAGUUGGGAUUUCUGAAAGAAUGUAGACGAGAAUGUUGAUUUCAGGCAAAUAGUGGACAUGUCUCUUCAGUUCAUGGAGUAUUGCAGGAAGUUCAAGAUCCCGCAUCUUCCGAGAGAACAGGUUGAAUUGAGAAUUGGAAUCAACAGUGGUAAGAGACAAAUGACGAUUGCUCACGUGUUCUCUUCGUUUCAGGACCCUGUGUAGCAGGAGUUGUCGGUCUCUCAAUGCCUCGAUAUUGUCUGUUCGGAGACACAGUCAACACGGCGUCCCGGAUGGAGAGCAACGGAAAGUCUUCUCUCAUCCAUAUGACUGCCUCAGCGCACACUCUGCUCACGAGCCAUUAUCCCCACCAAUACGAGACCAACUCUAGAGGAGAAGUGAUAAUUAAGGGAAAGGGAGUGAUGGAGACGUUCUGGGUGCUCGGGAAGGUCGGCGAAUGCGAUCCAAUGAGCAUCAGCAACAGGUCGACUCCACCGGUUACUCUGGAAAAUUGGCAUGUGAAACAAGUUCAAACAUCCCAAAAACCCCCAACUCCUGGCAAUUCCAAACGAUUGCCAACUCCGCCGACUGCUCUCGUUGCUCCGGAAGUCCGUUCCGUGAGCUCUCACGGCUCCCGUCCUUCUUCUGCUCAUCAAGAUGCUCCGAUCUAUCGACAGUACAAAAUGGACACUCUGAAAGUUAUGUAACCUGUCACAACUUGCUGCUCAAUGACUUUUCUGAUUGUAAAUAAAUAGUUUCAUUUCGUAAAUGUCCAUUUUGUCAUCAAAACUUCGAGAAAACGGAAGCCAUAGGAGUCGUCUAUGGUUUCGAAACGAAGGUUCAAAUUGAAAUCCGUCGUAAAUCUUUCUGGCAGUCAGCCCACGUCGCUUCUAUUUUCUGUUCUCGACUUGCCCAUUCUCUGAUGUAUUAGUUCUCAAGAUUAUGAGCAAAUUAUUAUAUUUCGCUGCCAUACUGUGCUUUUUUAUUCAAUUCGGAAGCUCUCAAGUGACCUCAUCUACUCGUCAAACGGUAUCAGUUCCCAACUUGUUCCUUUCUUUUCCAUUUCAGUUUUUCUAGAUUCGCGUGGGCGUUGCUGCUGCUCAGAAUACUCAGACGACUUCAAUUGGAUGGUCCGUCUCAGGAGGAGCCGUUCCUCUCGCUGUCCAGUAUCUGAAAUCAAAGGGAUAUCUGGCCAACUUUGAUUUUGAGUGAGUUCAUCGCUUCAAGCCCAUCACAAAUGUAGACACAUUCAAGGUAUUAUGUGGAUUACACCGAAUGUGACCUCGCAAGUACAGUCAAAUCGGGACUGAGAUUCAUGAAAGACCUGAACGUCGACGUGGUCAUCGGGCCUCCGUGUGCGAAAGCUCUCGAAACAAUUGGCAUUCUGUCCACAAUCUACAAGAAACCCGUACUUGGCUGGGGAUUUGUGAGCGACUCGGAUCUUUCCGAUAAAAGCAGAUAUCCGUAUGUGGCCUCAGUGCUUCCGAACUCGCAAACGUAAGUUCCCCCCCCCCAUUCACUUAAUUCCGAAGCAUAAAAUAUUGCAGUUUGGGGCAGGCCACCACUAAAAUACUGGAGCUGUACAACUGGGAUCGCGUGGCUCUUCUGUACUACAAGGAUGAUUUGAACUAUUGUCAGUCCAUAGCUGACGACGUCGAAUCCUCGCUCAACGAUCCCGACUCGUACACGGUACAAAUUGUGGUCAAAUCAAUGUUGGAAUUGGCUAAUCCGAAUGCGACUAGGGCAACUUUGCAGUCGAUAAAGAGCCGAGCAAGAAGUAAGAUUUCGGAUGACGCAUUUUGUAUUUUAGUGUUUCCUUUCAGUCAUUCUUUUCUGUGGUACAACUGGAAGUGAGAAACGAGAUUACCUGAUAAAAGUGGCUCAAUUGAACAUGACGACUGAUGAGUACGUGCACGUACUUCUGACGAUGAGAAGCAUCGGAUUCGGAGUUCAGACUAAUCUCGGCAAACCUACCUGUAAUGCUAUUAAUAUAUCUUUCGCAAAUUCACCGUUGUUACAGUUUCGAACGGCUUGACUCCGCUCUGGGAGUCAUUCUCGAAUGAAUCAGAUGGCUACGAAGGCAUCGCCAGAAGUGCAGCUGCCAAAAUGCUUGUGGUAAUUCGGAAUUCAUUUGGUUUCAAGGACCGCAUCUUGACUGUUUCAGAUAGACAUAAACAGCGACGUUCAAGACACUGAUUACCUAACUUCCCUCACUAAAAAUGUGAUAACUACAGUCAAGGAACCGCCGUUGAGCUGCAACACAACAGCAUGUCUCAACUCCACCGCUAUUGUAGCUUUAUUGUUAACUUUUGAGUCAACUAGCCUUCUUUGUAGUCUAUGGGCGCCUACGCACGUCAUCUUUUCGAUGUGGUCUAUCUUUACGGCCUCGCAAUCAGCAGAUUGAACUCCACCAGUGCUACAGUCUACAAUGAUCUCACUAAACUCGUUCCACAACUGAUCACAAGUUUUGAAGGUGAGCAACUAAUAUUUAGCAUGUUCCAGUGCACACAAAAACUCUUAAGGAAUGACUGGACGCGUCUCAAUCAACCAGAAUUUGGUUCGAACGCCGUUCUAUCAAAUGUACGCCCUGGACACGAAAUACGAUCAAAUCGCACUCAUCAACAUGUCCUUUGCGAAUAACUCUUCGGUAAUUUCAACUUUUGCUCAUCGAAAUCUCCUUUUUAAAUUUCAGCAAAUGAAUUUGGGGUACACUGACGAAGGAAAAGCGGUCUGGCACUUUUGGGGAGGUGUUCGUCCGCUGGACACGCCCAUCUGUGGAUAUUCCGGCAAAAACUGUCCCGUUCAGUUCUGGGAUCAGUACGGAGUGCUCAUAUUUGUGGCCGGAGCUGUCGUGCUUGGCAUCUUUCUGACAAUCAUCAUCUGUUUUCUGUGCAUCAUCAGAAAUCAGCGGACGGCGCAGGCGAGGAUGAACUCUGAAUGGCAGAUUCCGGCAGUGAAGUUGGUCAUGCCGGAGAAGAAGAAGAAGCCGAGCAGCCGGAGAUCUCUUCAAUCGGGACCGUCCACGGUGACAGGAGACAGCCGGAUUACGGGCGACGGAUUCCACGAGCAUUACACGGUUCAGAUGUACGAGAAGGACUUCGUUGUGACGACGAAACAUCAAAGUCAGGUGUUGAGCAAACAAGACCGAGAUCAGUUUAUGAGGAUGAGGAAACUGGAACACGAUAAUCUGAACAAGUUCAUAGGACUCUCAGUUGAUGGACACAAUUUCAUGUCGGUUUGGAAGAUGUGCUCGAGGGGAUCCCUUCAGGACAUUAUCUCUCGGGGAAACUUCUCGAUGGACUACUUCUUCAUGUUCUGUAUAAUUCGUGACGUGGCAGAAGGCAUGCACUAUCUGCAUAACAGUUUCCUUCGAGUUCACGGGAAUUUGCGGUCCGCCACGUGUCUUGUGAACGACAGUUGGCAAGUGAAACUGGCGGAUUACGGACUGGACGGUCUGCAGGAAGAGGAGACUCCGAGCAAGAAAAGACUGCUCUGGGCGGCUCCGGAAGUGAUCAGAGGCUCACUGAUUGCCUCACAGAUGGACCCCUCAGCAGAUGUCUACUCUUUCGCUAUCAUAGUUUCCGAGAUUCUAACAAAAAGAGAAGCAUGGAAUCUUUCGGAAAGAAAAGAAGGAAUUGACGGUACUUUGAAGAUAUUGCGAAACUUCUGAAGUUUUUAAUUUCAGAAAUAAUUUACAUGGUGAAAAAGGGAGGAAGUCGCUCAGUCCGUCCGGAUCUGGUGCUCGAUGCAGAAGUGAGCAAUUCCCUUUUGGUGCUGGUCAGGGACUGCUGGGCAGAGACGUCUGAAGAACGUCCGAAAUCGGCAGAGAUCUGCAAGUUAUUGUUCGAAAUGAAUCCCAAGUAUGAACAUUCGGACGAUGACUAACUUUCAAUGCUUUUUUUAGAGCCAAUACAAACCUGAUGGACCACGUAUUCAAUAUGUUGGAGGAGUACACGACUACACUGGAAGUCGAGGUGGAAGAGAGAACGAAGGAAUUGACAUUGGAGAAGAAGAAGGCAGAUAUUCUAUUGAGUAGAAUGCUGCCAAAGUACGGAGAAUCAAGCAGAAACGUCUUUCCAAUUUCAUUAUUAUUUCAGACAAGUAGCAGAACGACUGAAAGCAGGACAGACGGUCGAGCCGGAAGGGUUCGAUUCAGUGACGGUCUUCUUUUCGGACGUCGUCAAGUUCACGAUCCUCGCUUCGAAGUGCUCUCCGUUCCAAGUUGUCAACCUGCUCAACGACUUGUACAGCAACUUUGAUACGAUAAUCGAGCAGCACGGGGUGUACAAAGUCGAGUCAAUCGGCGACGGAUAUCUGUGCGUUUCCGGGCUACCCACAAGGAACGGAUUCGCGCACAUAAAGUUGGGAUUUCUGAAAGAAUGUAGACGAGAAUGUUGGUUUCAGGCAAAUAGUGGACAUGUCUCUUCAGUUCAUGGAGUAUUGCAGGAAGUUCAGGAUCCCGCAUCUUCCGAGAGAACAGGUUGAAUUGAGAAUUGGAAUCAACAGUGGUAAGAGACAAAUGACGAUUGCUCACGUGUUCUCUUCGUUUCAGGACCCUGUGUAGCAGGAGUUGUCGGUCUCUCAAUGCCUCGAUAUUGUCUGUUCGGAGACACAGUCAACACGGCGUCCCGGAUGGAGAGCAACGGAAAAGCGUCAAUGAUCCACAUGUCGGAGGCUGCGCACACCUUGCUGACCAGUCAUUAUCCUCAUGAAUACGAGACCAACUCUAGAGGAGAGGUGAUAAUUAAGGGAAAGGGAGUGAUGGAGACGUUCUGGGUGCACUGCAAGGCAGACAACAGAGAUCCGACCAUCAGCACGCGUACAACUCCUCCCGUCACUGACGAGAACUGGCCGCCCGAGCGUCUUCCGACCCCUGAGACGUAUUUCUCCGAAGACAAGAUAAAGCGACCGGUGACUCCGUAUCCGGACGGCCCGAAGAGCAGCAAAAAGAACACGUUGCAAUUGAUAAACUAA